GUUCGAUCACGCCAUUGCGAUUGCAAUUCUCUCUACCGGCUUUUGUCGAUUGUGCCCGAUUUAUAUUCCGCAGCAUUACUGUUUUAAGCGAGGCCUUUCGAAGCAAAACUUAUGAAAUCCUCAUUUUUUUGAAGCUCUUCAUUGAGAGAAUUUUUUUUUCUGGAUUUGAGAGGAAACAUCGAAUUUUACUCUUGCAGUACUUAUCACAAAUUGAAAGAAAAUUCUAAUACAUCUUGAAGAUGGAUAAUAAUUUCUCCAAAAACAACUUGAUUGUCAACUAUUUGCCUCAGAUGUUGACAGAUAAUGAAUUCAAAAAUCUCUUCCAAAGCAUUGGAGUUGUUAAAGCAGCAAAGAUUGUGCGCCAUAAGAGCACUGGGUACAGUUAUGGAUUUGGCUUUGUCGAAUAUGCUGAUGAAUUAGAUGCUGCAAGAGCUAUUGAAACGUUGAAUGGGUUUCAACUGCAGAAUAAGAGGAUCAAGGUUGCUUAUUCUCGACCUGGUGGUGACACGAUCAAGAAUGCCAAUUUGUAUCUUCGUGGUGUUCCAAAACAUAUGAAUGAAGAUGAUUUGAAGGCGGUCAUGGCACCUUUCGGAGACAUUAUUCAAUGUCGUCUGUUGAAAGAUUCAACUGGAGGUCGUAACAAAGGUGUAGGGUUUGUUUUGUAUGAUCAGCAUAAACAAGCAGAAGAUGCAAUUAAGGAGUUGAAUGGGAAAGUUCUAGAAAAUGGUACAGAACCUUUGACCAUUAAGUAUGCAGAGGACAACGCCAAAAAAGUUCGUCCACCUCCAGUAGCAGGUGGAUUGGGUUCUCCUUAUGCUGCAUCACCUUUUGCCCCAUCUAUGGGAGGAAGGUUUGCUGCUGGUGGCCCAGUUAGGCAUUCACUACAAGGAAGAUUCCGAUUUAACCCCAUGACCAACAACAUGGGAGGCAUGAAUUCUUAUGGGUUUGCUCAGCCUGGUGGUUUGGCUGUAGGUAGUGAAGGUCAUAUUCUUUUUGUCUAUAAUAUUGGUGCUGAUACAGAUGAGAAAACACUCUGGCAGUUGUUUGCAAGAUAUGGAACUGUGCAAAAGGUCAAUGUAAUAAGGGAGGGAGGCACAGGUCAAGGAAAAGGCUAUGGUUUUGUCACUAUGCCUAAUUAUGACGAGGCUGUUUUGGCUAUUGAAUCUUUAAAUGGCUGCAAUUUCUUUGGAAAACCUUUACAGGUUUCUUUUAAAUCAUCAAAAUGACUGUCUGUUACUGCUUGAGCCAUAGACUUUUGACUUUCAGUGAUAUCAUUUUUGUUGAAUUUCCAGCAAAAUAUCAUUAAUGUACUAUUUGUCAUUUAAGCAUAGUUGUUUUAAAAUAAAAUUAUUAAAAAUACUCUCAUUUUUCA